UCUCUCUCUCUCUCUCGCUCUUUUCAUAUUUUUCUAAUUGAGUUUCUUGGUUGGUGAGCUAAAUUCUAGCUGCCUCGUCAUAUUGACCUCCCUUGGAUCAUGGAGAGCUCGUUUUGGUCCCUUGGAUGCUCUCAAGUAACCUUUUUUGAAUUCUGGGUCUCCUUUGGGACUUCCAAAAUUUAAGCUUAUUAACAUUUCUAUCUGCUAAACAACAUAUGACAGCAAAGUCAGCAACAUUUUUGGGACAAUGAAGUGUUUUUACUUCUACAACAAAGAGAAAAAUGAGGAGCCAAAGACUACAAAAUCAAGUUCCAUGGCUUCUACUUCUACUUCCAUGUCAACUGAUCGCGACAUGAGGAGAUCUAGCUCCGAAUCUCAUUCUCAGAAUGUCUCAGAAUUUAGCACAUCUUCUGCCAAGUCAUUUGCAGUAUUGUCUCAAAGGCAGAGUAAUCUCAGAGAAUUCACAUUCUCGGAGUUGAAAUCGGCGACUAAGAAUUUCAGCCGAUCUCUCAUGGUUGGGGAGGGCGGCUUUGGUGGUGUGUAUAAGGGUGUGAUUCGCAGCACCGAAGAUCAGCACAAAAAGAUCGAUGUUGCCGUCAAACAACUAAGUAGAAGAGGAUUGCAGGGCCACAAAGAAUGGGUGACAGAAGUAAAUGUUUUGGGGGUGGUUGAACACCAAAACCUUGUCAAAUUGUUGGGUUACUGUGCUGAGGAUGAUGAAAGAGGGAUUCAGAGAUUGCUGAUAUACGAGUUCAUGCCCAACAGAAGUGUUCAGGAUCAUUUGUCAAGCCGGUUUCAGACGCCGCUUCCGUGGGCCACGAGGAUGAAAAUAGCCCGGGAUGCUGCCCGCGGCUUAGCUUACCUCCAUGAAGAAAUGGAGUUUCAGAUUAUCUUUAGAGAUUUCAAGUCUUCAAACAUACUUUUGGAUGAGCAUUGGAACGCAAAAUUGUCGGACUUUGGACUGGCAAGAUUAGGGCCUUCAGAUGGAUUAAGUCACAUAUCUACUGCGGUAGUAGGAACCAUUGGCUAUGCAGCCCCAGAGUACAUUCAAACGGGGCGUCUCACUGCAAAAAGCGACGUGUGGAGCUAUGGAGUCUUCCUUUAUGAACUCAUCACGGGCAGGCGCCCUUUGGACCGAAACCGCCCCAGAAGCGAGCAAAAGCUUUUAGAAUGGGUCAGGCAACACCUCUCUGACUCCAAAAAAUUCCAGAAGAUUUUGGACCCGAGGCUUGAAGGGAAGUACUCACUCAAGUCUGCCAGAAAGCUGGCAUCCGUGGCCAACCGAUGCCUUGUUCGACAGUCUAAAUCACGUCCCAAAAUGAGCGAAGUCUUGGACGUGGUGAGCCGAAUUGUGGAGUCAGCAGACAUAGGAAGCCCCCAAACUCCACUAAAAAGUCUCUCUCUACAAGAUGAAACCAGAAGAUCCAAAAGGGAGAUUUUGAAAAAGCUUGCGGAUCCAUUCAUUGGAGAAAAAGGUUGUUUGAUGUGGCAAACAUGGAGACCUAAAGUUGUGAGGACUUGACCAAAUUUUUGAGAAAAAUAUGACACUAAUUUUUUCAUUUUUUUUGGGAUGAAGUAGCUGAUGUACCAAAACAUGCUCCUUUUUUUUUGGCAGUUGAAUUGAAUGUGUAUAUUACUUCCUUUUCUCUGCUUACUACGGAAUACAAUUUCAAAUUUGAAAAGUUUAAUCAAUUGCAGAUGAGACCUUUUUGUUGGCCUCAAGGGAC